GCUUUUUCUUCCCUGGUCAGAAGCUUCCGUGAGGAAGCCACACAGAACUCACCGCGUCCCUCCUGGCAGAGGCGGCCGUCCUCUGUUGCUUCCAGGGAUGUGGCCCUCUUCCCGACCUCGGUCGCCUGAGCGCGCAGGGGUUGGGGAUCCGUAGGGCACUAGGACCCGGCGGGGCGGAGGGGCAGCCCAUGUGCUGCGAUUCGCUCCCUCCCACCCCACUGCUCCCGCUCCAUUGUCUGGGAACUGCAGCCGCCGGGCGGGCGGCAGCGGCGGCGGCGGCCGGAACCCAGCGGGCCAGGUGGGGCCGGCACGGAGCGGGUGCGGGAGAUGCCGGGCGGGACCGGGGCUACCUGAGCCGACCGCCUCGUCCCCGCCUUCUGUGGGAAGGAUGUGCGCGCGGAUGGCCGGGCGCGCGGCAGCGGCCCCUCGGGGGCCCUACGGCCCCUGGCUCUCCCUCCUGGUGGCCCUCGCCCUGGACGUCGUGAGAGUGGACUGUGGCCAGGCUCCCCUGGACCCGGUCUACCUGCCGGCAGCCCUGGAGCUCCUAGACGCCCCUGAGCACUUCCGUGUGCAGCAGGUGGGCCACUACCCACCUGCCAACUCCUCUCUCAGCUCCCGAUCUGAGACCUUUCUGCUCCUACAGCCCUGGCCCAGGGCCCAGCCACUUCUCCGGGCCUCCUACCCACCUUUUGCCACUCAGCAGGUGGUCCCCCCUCGAGUCACUGAGCCCCACCAACGGCCAGUCCCAUGGGACGUGCGGGCCGUUUCAGUGGAAGCGGCUGUGACUCCAGCGGAGCCCCAUGCCCGGGUUCUCUUCCACCUCAAAGGGCAGGAUUGGCCACCAGGGUCUGGCAGCCUGCCCUGUGCCCGGCUCCAUGCCACACACCCUGCAGGCACUGCUCACCAAGCCUGCCGCUUCCAGCCAUCCCUGGGCGCCUGCGUGGUGGAGCUGGAGCUUCCCUCUCACUGGUUCUCCCGGGCCUCCACCACACGGGCUGAGCUGGCCUACACGCUUGAGCCUGCGGCUGAGGGCCCAGGGGGCUGUGGCUCCGGCGAGGAGAACGACCCUGGGGAGCAGGCCCUCCCAGUGGGGGGUGUGGAGCUGCGCCCAGCAGACCCCCCGCAGUACCAGGAGGUACCUCUGGAUGAGGCUGUGACUCUGCGGGUGCCUGACGUGCCAGUGCGGCCCGGCCAGCUCUUUAGUGCUACCCUCCUACUUUGGCACAACUUCACAGCCAGCCUCCUGACCCUGCGGAUCAAGGUGAAGAAGGGGCUGCAUGUUACAGCCGCCCGCCCAGCCCAGCCCACACUGUGGACUGCCAAGCUGGACCGCUUCAAGGGCUCCAAGCACCACACCACCCUCAUCACCUGCCACCGUGCUGGGCUCACAGAGCCAGAUUCCAGUCCCCUUGAACUGUCUGAGUUCCUAUGGGUGGACUUUGUGGUGGAGAAUAGCACUGGUGGGGGCGUAGCAGUCACUCGCCCUGUCACAUGGCAGCUGGAGUACCCAGGCCAGGCCCCUGAAGCAGAGAAGGACAAAAUGGUGUGGGAAAUCCUGGUGUCUGAGCGAGACAUCAGAGCCCUUAUCCCACUGGCCAAGGCUGAGGAGCUGGUGAAUACAGCACCACUGACUGGAGUGCCCCAGCGUGUCCCUGUGCGCCUUGUCACUGUGGAUGGUGGGGGGGCCUUGGUGGAGGUGACAGAGCAUGUCGGCUGCGAGUCGGCCAACACACAGGUCCUGCAGGUGUCUGAGGCCUGUGAUGCCGUGUUCGUGGCUGGCAAGGAGAGCCGGGGCGCCCGGGGGGUGCGGGUGGACUUCUGGUGGCGCCGGCUCCGCGCCUCGCUGCGGCUGACCGUGUGGGCCCCGCUGCUACCACUGCGCAUCGAGCUCACCGACACCACCCUCGAGCAGGUCCGCGGCUGGAGGGUACCUGGCCCUGCCGAAGGGCCUGCGGAACCCGCUGCAGAGGCGUCAGAUGAGGCCGAGCGGCGCGCCCGCGGCUGCCACCUGCAGUAUCAGCGCGCCGGUGUGCGCUUCCUCGCCCCCUUCGCGGCCCACCCGCUGGACGGCGGCCGCCGCCUCACGCACCUACUUGGCCCCGACUGGCUGCUAGACGUGUCCCACCUUGUGGCGCCACACGCCCGCGUGCUGGACCCGCGUGUAGCCUCUCUGGAGGGCGGCCGUGUCCUGGUGGGCCGGGAGCCCGGUGUCACCUCCAUUGAGGUGCGUUCCCCACUGUCUGACUCCAUCCUGGGGGAGCAGGCGCUGGCUGUGACGGACGACAAGGUCUCAGUGCUGGAGCUGAGGGUGCAGCCAGUGAUGGGCAUCUCGCUGACCUUGAGCCGGGGCACUGCCCACCCCGGGGAGGUCACAGCCACGUGCUGGGCACAGUCAGCCCUUCCCGCCCCAAAGCAGGAGGUGGCCCUCUCCCUAUGGCUGUCCUUCUCUGAUCACACUGUGGUCCCGGCUGAGCUCUACGACCGCCGUGACCUGGGACUGUCCGUCUCAGCCGAGGAGCCUGGUGCCAUCCUGCCAGCUGAGGAGCAGGGCGCCCAGCUCGGGGUGGUGGUGAGUGGGGCAGGCGCCGAGGGGCUGCCACUGCAUGUGGCUCUGCACCCGCCCGAGCCCUGCCGCCGGGGCCGCCACCGUGUGCCUCUGGCCUCUGGCACCGCCUGGCUGGGGCUGCCCCCUGCCUCCACUCCAGCCCCUGCUCUCCCAUCCAGCCCUGCUUGGAGCCCACCAGCCACAGAGGCCACCAUGGGUGGUGAACGGCAGGCGGCAGGCAGUGUCGGGGGCAACAUAGGUGUGAGGGGCAAGUUUGAGCGGGCAGAGGAGGAGGCCAGGAAGGAGACCGAAGCCAGGGAGGAGGAGGAGGAAGAGGAGGAGGAGAUGGUCCCUGCCCCUCAGCAUGUCACCGACCUAGAGCUGGGCAUGUAUGCCCUGCUGGGAAUCUUUUGCGUGGCCAUCUUCAUCUUCUUGGUCAAUGGUGUGAUCUUCGUCCUGCGCUAUCAGCGCAAAGAACCUCCCGACAAUGCCACUGACCCCACCUCCCCCCAGCCCCACAACUGGGUCUGGCUGGGCACUGACCAGGAGGAACUGAGCCGCCAGCUGGACCGGCAGUCCCCUGGCCCGCCCAAGGGGGAGGGGGGCUGCCCCUGUGAGAGUGGGGGAGGAGGGGAGGCCCCUACCCUGGCCCCUGGCCCUCCUGGGGGCACCACCAGCUCCUCGAGCACCCUGACCCGAAAGGAGGCCGGGGGGCGGCGGAAGCGAGUAGAGUUCGUGACAUUUGCACCAGCCCCUCCAGCCCAGCCACCUGAGGAGCCUGUAGGGGCCCCUGCUGUGCAGUCCAUCCUUGUGGCAGGCGAGGAGGACAUCCGCUGGGUGUGUGAGGACAUGGGGCUGAAGGACCCUGAGGAGCUUCGCAACUACAUGGAGAGGAUCCGGGGCAGCUCCUGACCCUCCACAGCCACCUGGUCAGCCACCAGCUGGGGCAACGAGGGUGGAGGUCCCACCGAGCCUCUCGCCUGCCCCCGCCGCUCGUCUGGUGCUUGUUGAUCCAAGUCCCCUGCCUGGUCCCCCGCAAGGACUCCCACCCAGGCCCCCUCUGCCCUGCCCCUUGUCAUGGACCAUGGUCGUGAGGAAGGGCUCAUGCCCCUUAUUUAUGGGAACGAUUUCAUUCUAACAGAAUAAACCGAGAAGGAAACCAGA